UGAAUUCAUCUUAAUCAAUUGAAAUAAACCAAACUAACUUUGAAAAACAUAUUCAAUUAAAUUAAUUUGUUUGCAUCUAUUUUUGGGUUUAGACAUGUAUAAAUACAAAACUUGGCCGACUAAAUUGACGUCAAUCACCCACCUUCAUUUCCUUUGAUUUCCUCCAACAUUGCAAAGAAGAAACACGUGGGUAGGGCCGUGUGGGUCCAUUAAUUUUUUUGUUUUCUUUCAUGAGCAUGUUUCCUAUAUACCUUCUUCGAUCGGUGUAGAAAGCGUAAGAUAGCUUGCAUUCCAGUCUCAUUUUGCUCUGCUGUUUACGAUCACCAUCCUUCGUUUCCUUUGAUUUGCAAAAGCACAAAACAUGGCUGAGAUUGCAGAUGCAGUGGCUGAAGAUGCGGAGGACAAGCAAUUUACAAACACCGAUGUGAAAAAGUGGCUUGAUGAGCUGAAAGAUGCUGUCUAUGAUGCAGAGGACGUCUUGGACGAGAUUGCUACAAAAGCCCUGCAACGCAAGUUGGAUACUGAACUUGGAACCUUUGGAAGUAAGGUACGUAACCCCAUCUCUACUUCUCGUUUUGUCAAGAAGGUAGAAAAAAGGAUAAAAAAGCUACUUGACAAACUGGAUUUUCUAGUAGAAGAAAAAGUGAAGUUAGGCCUAAGAGAAGGCGUUGGAGUUGGAGGAAAUACAUCAGAAAGACUGCCCACAACUUCUUUGAUUGAAGAAUCUGAUAUUUGUGGUAGGAAGUAUGAUAAGGAGGCGAUAAUUAACUCGCUUCUCUCAAAUGAUGCGAGUGACAAUGAAGUAGGCGUGGUUGCCAUAGUCGGCAUGGGAGGAAUUGGCAAGACCACCCUUGCUCAAUUAGCAUAUAAUGAUAAUAAGGUGAUAGAGCACUUUAACCUAAAAGUAUGGGUUUGUGUUUCAGAUCCAUUUGAUGUGUUCGUGAUAAUAAAAACAAUUUUGGAGGAAAUUAUUCUGUCACAUGGUGAUGUUGAGGUUCGAAAUGAACUUCGAAAGGAACUCAAUGAUAUUAAGAAUCUGAAUCAACUUCAAAUUAAACUCAAGGAUGCUUUGAUAGGAAAGAAAUUCCUACUUGUUUUAGACGAUGUUUGGGAGAGUUAUCCUAAAUGGGAGGCCUUAAAUAAUUCUUUCAAAUCUGGAGCACCUGGAAGUAAGGUCAUCGUAACAACACGUGAUUAUGAGGCUGCAAGAGUCAUGCGCUCUAAAGCAAUUCAUCGUACAAUGGAGUUACCCAAAGAAGAUUGUUGGAAAUUAUUUGUAAAACACGCAUUCCACGAUAGUAACUCUAAUGCGCAUGCAUAUCUAGAACUAGAAGCAAUAGGGAGAAAAAUCGUAAAAAAGUGUCAUGGCCUACCUUUAGCAAUCAAGGCGAUUGGGGCUCUCUUGUGGUCUAAAUUAGAUGUUGAUGAAUGGAAUAAGGUAUUGAGAAGUGAAAUAUGGGAUUCGCCAAUUAAUGCGACAGACAUCCUCCCUGCACUAAGAUUAAGUUAUAAAUAUCUUUCGCCACCUCUAAGGCGAUGCUUUGCAUAUUGCUCCAUAUUCCCAAAGGAUUAUGUUUUCAAAAAAGAUAAAUUAGUCUUUUUAUGGAUGGCAGAAGGUUUCUUGCCACAACUCCAAAACAAAACAAUGAAAGAAGUUGGUGAUGAUUACUUCCUUGCUCUUGUAUCAAGAUCAUUAUUCCAACAAUCCAAGCACGAUGAAUAUGUAAUGCAUGAUCUUAUCAGUGAUUUGACAAAGUUUAUAUCUAAAGAAUUCACUUUAUGCGAAGAUGAUGACAGUUCUUGUAAAUUUCUAAGCACGACUCGCCAUUUCUCAUAUUCUUCCAGAACAUUUGAUAUUAAUAACUUUGAGAACUUCCACAAAGCUAAGGGGUUGCGCACUAUCAUAAAAAUAAAUUCUUGGAGUGAUAGAACAUCUUUUGUUCCACCAAUAAUAAGAUGCUGGAGUGGUGGAACCUAUUUUUUUUCACAAAAUAUAAGAUGCCUAGGCCUACGGGUACUCAUUCUAUCUCACAAGUAUGGCUUAAGUGAGUUGCUAGAUGCAAUUGGUAAAUUCAAACAGUUACGUUAUUUCAACCUUACCAACACUCAGAUUGAAAGGCUGCCUGAUUCCAUAUGUAAGUUGUGCAAUUUGCAAAUAUUGAAUUUAUCACAUUGUAAGUCUCUUGUUGCCUUGCCAAGAGAUUUGCAUGGACUCAUUAAUUUGCAAAUAUUGGAUUUAUCACAUUGUAGGUCUCUUGUUGCCUUGCCAAGAGAUUUGCAUGAACUCAUUAAUUUGCAAAUAUUGGAUUUAUCACAAUGUAAGGCUCUUGCUGCCUUGCCAAGAGAUGUGCAUAAACUCAUUAAUUUGAGUCAUCUUGAUAUUACUGAAACUGAGAUAAUGGAGAUGCCGAUAAAUCUUGGUAAACUAAAAUGUCUUAAGACAUUAACUACAUUUAUUGUCAGCAAACAUAGUGGAUCUGGCAUUGAAGAGUUAGGAAAACUUACAAAUCUACGGGGAUCGCUUAAUAUUUUAGACCUCCAAAAUGUUGAAUUUCCAGUCGAUGCUAAGGACGUAAUCUUGAGGGAUAAGUACCUUAAGAAGUUGGAAUUGAAGUGGAGAGUUGAUACUAGUGCUUCAGAAAAUCAUAAAAUUGUACUUCAUUGUCUCGAGCCCCAUUCAAUAUUGAGAAGCCUUAGCAUCUACGGCUAUGGUGGUACAAGUUUUCCAAACUGGGUUGGGGAUGCUUCAUUCUCUAAUAUAACAUCUCUUCGUCUAGAAGACUGUAAAUUUUGCUCUAGCUUGCCACCACUUGGGCAACUACCCUCUCUGCUGCACCUCUCGAUUGUUGGGUUGAAUGGAAUUGUUACAAUAGGCCGUCAGUUUUACGGCAGUGGGUCUUCUUCUAUGAAACCAUUUGGAGCCUUGGAAUAUCUACGGUUCGAGAAGAUGUUGGAGUGGAAGGAAUGGUUUCCUUUUGAGGCUGAAAACGAAGGUGGAGCAUUUCCUAAUCUUAGAGAGCUUUGGAUUUCUGGAUGCCCUAAGCUAACAGGGGAGUUGCCUGUCCAUCUUCCUUCUUUAGUCGAACUUUCCAUUUAUGAUUGUCCCCAGCUCGUGGCUUCACUCCCUGGGACUUCUUCUCGACAAAAAGUGAAGCUUUCAAAUUGCAAUACGGUUAUAUUAAAUGAAUCGUCGAUUGGAAUACAUGAGCUUAGAAUCAAAAACUGUUCGAUGUUAGAGCUCCCAAAGCACGUGAACUAUUCAUCCCUUGAAUGUUUGACAUUGGAGCAUUGUAGUUCUCUCAAGUCCUUUCCAUUAUUCUCAAAGAUUCGUGAGCUGUCAAUCGAGGAUUGUGGGGAUCUAGAAUCUCUUACUGUUGGAGAACAACAUGAACAUGAUUUACUCCUCUCGAGUAUGCGAAUCGAUGGUUGCCCUAAUUUUGCAUAUUUUCCACAAGGAGGAUUGCGUGCCCCCAACCUUAAACAUUUCUCAAUCCGGGUUUGUAGGAGUCUUCGGUCGCUACCCGACAAGAUGCACAUACUUCUUCCCUCUCUUGAGAAAUUGUAUAUAAAGGAUUGUCCACAAGUUGAGUCGUUUCCUGAAGGGGGCUUGCCUUCCAAUUUGAAUAAAAUUUCCAUCCAAAAUUGUGACAAACUCUUUGCGAAUCGGAUGGGGUGGGGUUUGCAAAAUCUCUCGUGUGUUAGAGAAUUUUCAAUCAGUUACAAAUCUGAAGAUGUGGAGUCCUUUCCAGAUGACGGGUUGCUGCCUACCAGUCUUACCUGUCUUCAUAUCAAUGGCUUUCCAAAUUUGAAAUCUUUGGAGAAGAAGGGGAUUCAAAACCUCACUGCUCUUAAAGAAUUAAUGAUUUACUUAUGCCCUAAGCUCGAGUGCAUGCCAGAAGACGGGCUGCCUGCCUCCCUUUCUACUAUAAUUAUAUGGAAAUGUCCUUUGUUGACGAAAGAGUUGAAAAGCAGAGAAGGACCCGAAUGGCGCAAGAUUGCUCACGUCCCCAACAAAAAUAUAGAUUAUUAGAUGAGCAAGAGUCUCCACUUUCUUUCAUAUUAGCCACUUUUAUAUAUAGUCAGGUAUUUUAACCCAUCCAAAAUCAGAAAAGAAUUAGAAGCCCAAAAGAGUUCAA